GUACCAUCGCUACAUACAACAAAAACAGACGAUAAGCAAACAUUCAGUGUCAAAAAUGAAAUAAAAAGCAAAAUAAAAACAGUUGACGUAGCUACAGAUUGGUUUGUUUCAGAAUGUUUAGUGUACUUGAAGUUAGAUAAAUUACCAAUACGUUUAAAAUGAAUAACCGUAGCAGUAUUCUAAAUACGAUUUGAUAUAUACUAAACUUUUAGACUGAUUUCAAGACAGCGACUAAAACGUACAUAUAUAAUUUGUUUAAAAUUCGCCUCUAUAAUCGCACAGAAGUACCACAAGUGAAACUUUUAUAAAAUGCCAGUUCCUACUUACGACGUACUACUGGAGACAACAGCGGUGAUCAGUACGAUCUUACAGUUUCUAUCUGGAGUUAUUAUUUGUCGGAAGUACAUACAAAAGAAAAGUACCGGCGACUCUUCAGGAUUACCAUUUGUUUGCGGAUUUCUAUCAACUUCUUUCUGGCUUCGCUAUGGUUUGCUCACUGAUGAGCAUAGCGUAGUAUUAGUCAAUAUAAUUGGCUCCUUUCUAUUCCUAUGCUACACAUUGGUAUAUUACAUUUUCUCCGUGAACAAAAAAUCAUAUUUGCGACAAUUUGGAAUUGUUUUAUGUAUGCUACUUGGUGUUUGGUACUACACUAAUUCAAUUGAAUUAGAAGCGGAGAAAAUUCGUUUAAUGGGUCUAAUCUGCUGUAUUAUAACAGUGUGCUUCUUUGCGGCGCCACUUACAAUGUUAAUUCACGUAAUACGUAUGAAAAAUUCAGAAAGUUUACCCUUCCCAUUGAUUGCAAUGACUUUCCUCGUGUCUGUUCAAUGGGUUAUAUAUGGUGUCAUCAUAUCAGAUACAUUUAUUCAGAUACCAAACUUUUUGGGCUGUUUACUAUCAUUGCUGCAGCUUUGUUUAUUUGUGAUCUACCCACCAAAAAGUUAUACCGGUCAAGGCUAUCGUUUAGUAGAUCAAGCUACUAUAUUUUAAAAUGCCAAACCACAUUUAAUAAAUGAAAAUACUUCUAUUGUGCAAUAAUAAAUUCUAUUAUGCUGAAUUUAGAAA